CGCAAAGAAGAUCUCUUAUUAAUUUCAUGGCUGUCACAGAGAGUGGACCUAUGUUUUUAAAGGCCAUCGAUUGUUCAAAUGAGAUCAAAGACAAGGAUUUCAUUGCCAAACUUAUGAGGGAGGUAAUUAUGGAGGUUGGUCACUCAAAUGUUGUGCAAAUAGUGACGGAUAAUGCAGCCGUUUGUAAAGCAGCAGGUUUAAUAAUUGAGGCUGAGUUUCCUUCCAUCUAUUGGACUCCAUGUGUUGUCCACACAUUAAAUCUUGCUUUGAAGAACAUAUGUGCAGCCAAGAAUACAGAAAAAAACAAUGUUAUUUAUGAAGAAUGUUCUUGGAUCACCCAAAUUGCGGAUGAUGCAAUGUUUGUGAAAAUUUUUGUCAUGAGUCACUCUAUGAGACUAUCAAUUUUCAAUUCAUUCAAUUCAUUGAAAUUACUAUCCAUUGCUCCAACAAGAUUUGCCUCCACUAUUGUAAUGCUCAAGAGAUUCAAGCAAUUGAAGAAAGGACUCCAAGAGAUGGUCAUUAGUGACCAAUGGUCUUCUUAUAAGGAAGAUGAUGUUGCAAAGGCUAAAUUUGUAAAAGAUACUUUGUUGGAUGAUAAAUGGUGGGAUAAGGUUGAUUAUAUUCUUUCUUUCACUAGCCCUAUCUAUGAUGUUCUUAGAAGAACUGAUACAGAAGCUUCAUCUCUCCAUCUAGUAUAUGAAAUGUGGGAUUCAAUGAUUGAAAAGGUAAAGAAUGCCAUAUAUCAAUAUGAGAGAAAGGAGGAGAGUGAAGGAUCAACCUUUUAUGAGGUAGUGCACUCCAUAUUAAUUGACCGUUGGACUAAGAGUAGCACUCCUCUCCAUUGUUUAGCUCAUUCCUUAAAUCCAAGAUAUUAUAGUCAUGAAUGGCUAAGUGAAGAUUCUAAUCGAGUUCCUCCACAUCAAGACUUGGAACUCACUCGUGAAAGAUUAAAAUGCUUCAAGAGGUUCUUUCUUGAUAUGGAUGUAAGGAGGAAAGUGAAUAUUGAGUUUGCCAACUUCUCGGAUGGAAGAGAAGGUUUUGAUGAUCUUGAUUCUUUAAAUGAUAGAGGUCAAAUGGAUCCAAAAGCUUGGUGGCUAGUUCAUGGCAUUAAUGCUCCAAUACUUCAAAAGGUUGCCCUUAAGCUACUUGCGCAACCUUGUUCAUCUUCAUGUUGUGAAAGGAAUUGGAGUACAUAUUCAUUCAUCCAUUCUUUAAAGAGAAACAAGAUGGCACCACAUAGAGCUGAAGAUUUAGUAUUUGUUCAUAGCAACUUACGACUUCUCUCAAGGAAUACUCCACAAUAUCAUCAAGAGGAAGCUAAAAUGUGGGAUGUAGCCGGAGAUGAUUUUGGAUCACUUAAUGAUUGUGGUAUUCUUGAAAUUGCUAGUUUGUCUUUAGAUGAACCAGAGUUAGAAAGUGUCUUUUUCAAUGAUGAUUGCUAG